AUGGAAACGAGAUCUUGUUGACCUCGCUUGCUGACCUUUCAACUUCUCAACUUUCUUGUGAUCAGACAAGAGAAAAGACGACUUUGUCCGUCCUUUCGUCAUGUUUCGGUGUUUGGGCGUCCAGAAAGUAAUACAGGCACACGGGAAACAGUGUAACAGCGUGUUCGUAUUGAGAGAGUAUCAUGCCAAACAUGGUGUCUUCGGAUAUCGACCCAAGAAGGCCCCGAAAGAGGAGAAAGUAAGUAACAAAGCCUUCCAGAACAGGAUUCACAAUGCUAACCUACUGAGGCUGGUGUCUGCCUACAGAGACCAUGGACACAAGAGGGCCAGGAUUGAUCCUCUGGGACUGAACGCCAUUGAGGAAAUACCAUCACUGAAUCCUGAACUGUACGGGUUUUCAGGACAAGACUCAACAAGACUUGAUCUACAAGGUAUUCUACACACUUGGACGGAGUCAGCGACCAUCACUGAUAUCCUAAAGCACCUAGAGGAUAUAUACUGUGGUCCACUGGCGGUUGAAUUCCAUCAGUUGGUUACUGAAGAAGAGAAAGAGUGGUUUUCAAGGCAGUUAGAGCAGCAGCAUGGAGAGGCACUUCCAGUUGACAGGAGAAAAGAGCUCGCUAAAAUACUGCUGGAAUCUCAGGUGUUUGACAAUUUCAUGGCAACAAAAUUCACCACAGUGAAGCGGUAUGGAGGGGAGGGAGCCGAGUCUAUGAUGGGCUUCUUUGAUCAGGUCUUCAGACAAGCAGCUGAAGAUGGUAUCCAGGAUGUUGUUCUGGGCAUGCCCCACCGUGGAAGGCUGAACCUGCUGGCAGGAAUGCUGAACUUUCCCCCAGAACUUCUCUUCAGGAAGAUGAGAGGCCUGCCAGAGUUUCCUGAUGGCGUGCAGGGGUCUGGGGAUGUGCUGUCACACCUCACUGCUUCCACUGACCUGCAGUAUGACGAUAAGUCUGUCCAUGUCACAAUGAUACCCAACCCUUCACACUUAGAGGCCUGUAACCCAGUAGCAGCAGGUAAGACUCGAGCGGCCCAGCUGCACCUGAGGGAGUGGGACUACUCCCAGGAGGAGGGUGACAGUCAGCAGGGGGACAAGGUGCUCUGUCUGCAGAUCCAUGGAGACGCUGCUUUUACCUCACAGGGUGUCGUAGCAGAAACUCUGGGUCUGGCGGAUCUUCCUCAUUUCCACGUGGGAGGCACGGUACAUCUCAUCGCCAACAAUCAGCUGGGCUUCACCACUGGUGCAGAAAGGGGGAGAUCAAGUCGUUACAGCAGUGACAUUGCCAAAAUGAUUGACUGUGCAGUAAUACAUGUCAAUGGAGACUACCCAGAGGAAGUCAUCAAGGCUACCAAGCUGGCCAUGUCCUACAGACAGACCUUCCGCAGGGAUGUGAUAGUGGACAUGCUGUGUUUCAGGAGAUGGGGCCAUAAUGAGUUGGACGACCCAUCCUUUACCCAGCCUGUGAUGUACAAAGUGAUCCGGGGGAGGUACGACAUGGGGAAGAGUGUUCCUGAUGUCUAUGCUGAACAACUUGUGAAUGAUGGUUUGCUGACAAAAGAAGAUGUAGCUAAGAUCAAUGCUGACUGCAUGGCAAAGCUUGGAGAUCACUUCAGCAGGCUGGACAGUUUCCCACCACAAGCCAGACACCUUCAGAAACAAUGGACAGGACUCGUUCAAGCUUCCUCUCAGAUAACAACAUGGGAUACGGGUGUUGAUGCCAACCUCUUGAAGUAUGUUGGUGCCAAAUCAGUGGAGGUGCCCUCAGACCUGGCAGUGCACCCACACCUACAGAAAACACUGGUCGAUGUCCGUAAGAAGAAGAUGGAGGUGGGAACAGGUCUGGACUGGGCUACAGCAGAAGCACUUGCUGUGGGAUCUCUGUUAUAUCAAGGGUUUAACGUGCGCAUCAGUGGCCAGGAUGUUGGCAGGGGAACCUUCAGCCACCGACACUUCAUGCUGAUAGACCAGGACGACGACAGGAUGCACAUUCCACUCAACGACAUCUCAGACAACCAGUCUGGAUAUCUGGAGGUGGCCAACAGCUGUCUGUCAGAAGAGGCAGUGCUUGGGUUUGAGUAUGGCAUGAGCAUUGAGAGUCCCCAGAACCUGAUCAUCUGGGAGGCUCAGUUUGGAGACUUCUUCAACGGUGCUCAGGUCAUCAUCGACACCUUUGUGUCCUCUGGAGAAACAAAGUGGCUGCUGCAGAGUGGGUUGACCAUCCUUCUCCCACAUGGCAUGGACGGGGCCGGACCAGAGCACUCCUCCUGCAGGAUAGAGAGGUGGCUACAGUUGUGUGACAGUAAGGAGGAUGGAGUGGACGGGGAUAACGUCAACAUGCAGCUGGUGAACCCCACCACACCUGCACAGUACUUCCACCUGAUCAGGAGACAGAUGGUGAGAAACUUCAGAAAGCCUUUGGUAGUUGUUGGGCCCAAGAUACUUCUCAGACUUCCAGCUGCUACUUCCACACUAGAAGACAUGGCACCUGGCACUUUCUUUAAACCUGUAUUAGGAGACCAAGGAGCAGACCCAACAAGAGUGACCAGGGUGGUGUUCUGUAGCGGUAAGCACUACUACGGCUUGGCUAAAGAGAGGGAGGCCAGAGGUGCUGCUGAGGUGGCAAUCAUCAGAAUAGAGGAACUCUGUCCAUUUCCAAUGGAGGCCAUCAGGGAAGAAAUGAAGAAAUACUCCAAAGCUACAGAAUUCAUUUGGAGUCAAGAAGAGCAUAGGAACAUGGGUGCAUGGUCAUUCAUUCACCCAAGAUUCGAAAAUCUUUUAGCAUGCAAGCUGAAGUAUGCAGGGCGUGGCACCCUGGCAACCCCUGCAGUGGGAGUGGGGGAGGUCCACCAGGCGGAGGCCAAGCAAGUCAUCACAGAUGCCUUCGCAUAGCAGGAUUUCAAGCAGCUACAUUGUAUAGACUAGUGUAUUAUUAGGUCUUGUUUUACCUCAUCAGAUGCCUUAACAUAGCAAGAUUUCAAGCUAGUAUAGUGUAUCAUUAGGUUUUAUCACAUCAGAUGCUUCAUAUCACAAAAACAUCCCCAUUCAUAGUGUUUGUCUUAGAACACUAUUAUGUCAAACUUGGGAAAAGAGAUUUAAGUUUUCCAAAAAGGAAGCAUAUGUUCAAAAAUU